GGUUUCAAAGCGUUUCGACAAGCGCGUCGCGCGUUCGGACGCUGAAUCAUAGCGUGUCGAUUAUUGCGAUGAAGGAUGAAUUUAGUGGAGAAGUGGUGGAAUGUAGGGACGACGCCCUCUGCAAGCCUUGGAGGUUCGUGUAGGCGCGUGACAUAACGGCCUCUGGAAGUUGACGUGCGCAAAAUUCACUGCUCGCCUGGCCUGAAACGGAGCAAAGCGUGCCUCAAGCUUCGCACCCGCGCUUAUCGCAGCACACGAUCGCCGGAGAUGACGCGGGGAACAUCAUCAUGUAUCUCGCAUCUCUUCUCCCUCCUUAUCCCCCUCCUCUUAUGGAUUCAAUAACUCUUUCAUGGGUGCAGGACGCCCUCCGUAUUUCUCGCACCGCCAUAUCGUCUACUUCGUCGUUAUGGCUCCCUAGCUCGGAGAGCGUAGCGGCGACUGGAGGAGGCGAACUUGUCAACCCGGACGAUCCAGGGAAGGACCCGCGAUUCCGGAAGCUUGUGGAAGCCAUUUUGUUUGGGAGGAAGUUUGUGCCGACCUAUAAUCUAGUGCUGCUCGCGGUAUUGUUAGUGUUUACUGCGUGGCACUGGGCUGAGAAGCUUGCUUUGAGGCAGAGGAAGAGGAGGAUAGAUGGAAGCGACGGCAAGGCGGAUGACAGGGUCGAUGAAGCCUGGUCAAGCUCGAGCAGUACCAUCGAGGGAACUGCGACACCUCCAGACGCCUCGCAGAAAAAGACAGAUGCAGCGGAUGAGACAAGCCCUUUGCUCGCCGCGAAACCCACCAAACGGAAAGCCCUAGGAAUCCGGAAACCUUACUACCUUCUAAAGUCAUGGAUGCAAUACCAACCACGAUCCAUCCCAAUAAUCAACAGGGCACUUCCCACGAAUGCUGUUUCGCUCUUCGUCAUCGCGUACAUCGCGCUCAACGUCUUCUACAAUUUCUACGCCAUGCCGCUCUCGCUGCAGUACGUCUUCGUCUUCGCCGACCGCUGUGGCCUCAUCUUCUCCGCGAACCUGCCCAUUCUUUAUCUCCUGGCCGCGAAGAAUCAGCCCAUUAAGUUCCUCACUGGCUAUUCGUACGAAAGCUUGAACAUCUUUCACCGCAGGGUGGGGGAGCUGAUGUGCUUCGAAGCACUCGUCCAUUUCCUGGGCAUGCUGUUCGUCUGGUACGGGUUGUUGAGGCGCCUUGGAUUCACACUGGCGCAGUUUAUCUUGAACCGGCUUGUCCUCCUGGGUCUUGGUGCUUUCAUCUCCUAUCAAGUGUUGUACUUCACCUCGCUGGGAAGCUUCCGGCAGAGGAUGUACGAGGUCUUCCUUGCAACGCACAUCUUGCUUCAAAUCGCCGGCCUGGUGUUCCUUUGGUUGCACUACGAGACCUCAAGGCCAUAUGUUGGCGUCUCACUGGCUAUUUUCCUCAUCGAUAGGCUAGUGUUCCGGUUGUGGUUGAACACGACUUCGCAUCCCGCCACCCUGACCGUCCUGGAAGACGACGAGACGCUACUUCUGUCUGCAAACUGGAACGUCUCUGACCUAAAGUCAGUGUUUAUACCUAAGAACAUGAGAAAUGGCUGGAAACCGAACGACCACAUCUUCAUCACCGUCCCCUCAAUUUCCCACAAAUAUAUGGUCCAAGCUCAUCCCUUCACCAUCUUUUCUGCUGCUCCUACCUUGACUCAAGACGAGGAAGGCCGCCAUGCAUGGUUCUCGCUCCUUAUCCGCGCACAAGCCGACUCUGGCUUCACGCGCACCCUCCUCGAACACUCCCGGUCCCAUCCACAGACCCGCAUCCGCCUCGAUGGACCCUACGGUACCUCUCACGCGCUUGAUGUCAUCUCAUCCUCAGAUACCGCAAUCUUGGUAGCGGGCGGCUCCGGUAUAGCCGUCGCAUACCCACUCCUCUAUGCUCUCUUGCAGCCUACAUCCACCGACCCCGAAAAUCAAUCUUCGCCGAAGAACAAGAGGAAAGUGAAGCUGCUUUGGAUAGUGCACUCGCCAUCGCACCGCGAUUGGGUCCCUCAUGAGAAGAUGAAGGAGCUCGAAGAGUGGGGCUUGGAGCUGUAUAUCCCAGCGCCGACCUCUGUCGUCGGACGGCCUGACGUGCGGCCUAUACUGCGUGAGUGGGUUGAAGGCGAGAGGACGGGCAUUGUGGUUAGUGGCCCGGACGGCCUAGUAAGAGACGUGAGAAAUACGUGCGCGGGGUUGAUUGGGGAGGGUGUCGGUGUGAAGGUGCAAGUUGAGAAGUUUGGAUGGUGACACUGGAGAUGGGAUUUGGAGCGUUAGAGCGGCGUUGCAUAUUUUAUUUUGGGGGAAGGAGGUACGGCGUUACGGGUACACGACACUUGCGAUCUUGCAUCGGAGGUAUCGUGGUUGACAGCUGCACGAUAGAGUAAGGGGUCGUAGCGUUGCACUGCAUUGUGUCGCUGCUUGUGCCGCAUUGAACGGAUGUCACCGCAUAUUUGGACCUUAGAAUCUAUGGAUCUUUAGGUACAGGCUGCAUGCCCCUUUUAUAUAUAUGAACAUGGCUGUUUCCUC